GGUAAAGGGCGUGGUAAUAAUUCAUCGUUACCGGAAACGUAUCCUUUGAAGAGAAUCUGCAAUUAUUGUUUGUUUAUCUUUGAAGAGCUGAAAAAUGCCGUUGAAGGUGUUCGAGGCGACAGUGUCGACCUUUGACGGGGUCUUUGAGAAGUUCCGAUCAGAGGGUCACCAAAACAAGGCUAAUCUCAUCCUCUUCUUGGCUGACAAAGACCCUGCUACCUCUCUUAGCUGGUGCCCUGAUUGUGUGAGAGCUGAACCUGUAAUCUACAAGAAGCUGGAGGCUUCACCUGAUGAUAUUGCACUUUUGAGAGCUUAUGUUGGAGAUAGACCAACAUGGAGGAACCCCCAGCAUCCAUGGAGGGUGGAACCUAGGUUCAACCUCACUGGGGUGCCAACUUUGAUCCGCUGGGAGAAUGAUGCAGUCAAAGGUCGCCUUGAGGACCAUGAAGCUCACCUUGAAAACAAAAUUGAAGCUCUUGUUGCCGACAAAUGAUUGCCGGUGGAUCUUAGAUAGUUGGUAUCACAUUUAAUUUUAACAGUUUAUGGUAUACUCUUUUCAGCAAUUCAUCCAUCUCAUUCUGGGCUCAUAGCUAUGCUGAUAAACCAUGUAAUAAAUGUUGAGUACGAACGGUGACAAGGGAAGUCUAUGUAGAAGACAGUGGUUGGUUCUUACAUAGUGUUUUAUGGUGUGUGUUUGUAUGUGUGUGUGUGUGUUUUUAAUGGUUUUGAGCAUCAUACAUGUUCUGGCUAAUCCUAGAUAAUGUUCA